AAUGAUUAGCCUUGUUAGUAUUCGCUAAAAAGGUUUUGCAUUAAUCUUUUUUCAAUUAAAACAUAUCCUCGCAUAGAAAUUUAUUUUUCGUAAAAUAGAUUCGUUGAAACCAUCAAGUGAACACGAACUGUCUGUAAAUCAGCUGGUGGAAUCAAAAAAAUACAAACUUUUUCAUAAUCAUGAAAAUUUAUUGCUUUUGAAUUUGGAGUGGAUAUUUUUCUAACAAACUUGUCAUACAAUUACAAAUUAUUAUACAAUAGGUUUUUUAGUCUGUGCCUUUGGUAGACCAAUAUUUACCCUUCAGGAGUGUGUGACGUGUGUAUAAGUUGCUCGUUACCAAGGCAACAGUAAACAAUUUGUGGAAGCCUUUCUUAUUUCCUAAUAUUCUUUUUAAAAAUCACCGUUUAAAAAAUGGGUGAAGUUCAAGUUCCUGGCUAUAUGGCUCAACUGCUUGAAGAGCUAGGCUGGAAUCAGGGAACCAGAAUUCCUUUAGCAAAUGCUGAUAAUCAAAACUUAGAAUCACUACUUAUAUCGCGACGUGAUGAAAUACAGAAUCUUAAGGAAGCAUUUUUAUCGCAAGAGCAGAAAAGAACAGAUCUAAAUAAGUACAAGGAUUAUGUCCAUACUGAGUAUCAAGAAAAUACUCGUUUACUCUUUGCCAAUAAGCAACAACUAGAACAAGAGGUAAAGCUUCGUCAAUUGUCCUGUAAUGAAAGUGACCGGCUGGAAAGAGAUAUUAUUGACUGUAACAAAGAGAACAAUACUAUAACAACUCGGAUUGAGAGAUUGCAGAAUAACAUUGCACGCCUUCUGAAGAAGGCAGAUUUGCUGAAGAGUGAAGUCUGUGGAGAACGUGGUGCUUUACAAGAAUGGAGAGCUGCUUUAGAAAGAAGUGCUGGAGAUAUUUCAGCUAUUGAACAAUUUACAAAACAAGAUCUGUCUAAGGCUAAGGCUCUAGAAACAAAAAGACAAAAAUUAAAAAUUGAACAUGAUUGCCUACACGAGCGUCUUGUGCAACUGGUCUCCAAUCUCAGUGCUGAAGAAAGAGCAUGUGAGAGAAUUUCUGUACAGGUUAUGGAGGGAAUGGAGCAACGGAAACAGAUGAUGAUGAUGUGGACUGCUGCUGUGGAAAACUUAAGGCAGCGAGACACCGAUAUUAGGCAUAUUAGAGAAGAUUAUGCAGCACUAGAAGCAGAAGCAAACCGCCAGGCGGAACAAUGUCGCGAGCAGCAAGCGUUCUGUGAACAGCAACAAGGCAAUAAUGCAGAUGCGCAAAAAGAAAAUAUGGUCCUGGCGCAGCAACUUAGCCAGACGAGACUGGCCUACCAGGAGACUUAUGAUGAAAACCUCACCCUUGAUAGUGAAGUGCAAAGUCUACAGCGUGUUGCCAGUAAUAUGACAAUGGGCUUAGAGAAAUUGAACUCGGAAAAUAAACAAUUAAUGGAGGAGCAACAUCGUAAAGAUAUGGCGUUGCAGGCUGUUAAUAACAAGUUGAAAGAGCUUAAAAUGAAGCUUACAGAGUCAACUGAUAAGUCCAAAUCUUCCGAAAAGAGGGCUAAGGAGCUUGAAGAUAUGCUUAAUGAAGAAGAACGAUACGCAAGUCAGCUUACGACAAACCAACAACGCGCCAUGCAUUGUUCCUUUGUUGAACAACAGAAGCUUCUAGCUCUUAAGAACGAGGAAAAAUUAUUUCAUAUGCAGUUAAAAGCUUCCAAAGCAAUCAUGAGCAAAUUGGCCAGCAAGCAGCGCAAUGUCGAGAGAAGCUUACAAACCCAGAAAGAAUCGUUCUAUGGAAUUAGUUAUCAAGUGGAAACGAUCGGUGCUCGCGUCGCGCACAUGGAAGGUGCAAAAGCCGAACGUGAAUGUUCCGCUGAACUUGUUGAAAGAGAGAACAGGUUGCAAGAGGUACGUGCUCGCCACGCAGCUAGAGUUGCGACGUUGGAGCGUCAUUCAGGAAAAUUGUACGAUGAUAUGCGUCGUCUUACGAGGGAAUUGGAGUAUAAAAGCGGCGAAAAUACUAAAUUGCAAAGUCGUCUUAAAUCCUCAAUGCUUAACGUAGAAGGUGGUGAUAAAGAUUUACGCGAUCGUCGUGACAACUGGCGACGUCUACGCGUAGAAGAAGCCUUAUUACGGCUGCGUGUUGCGCACGCUGGACGAGCGUUGGUUGGACUUGAUGACACAGCCUUCACACUGGACGAACAGAGGCUGCAACUUGAUGCUGCUAUGAACGAGCGACUUAUAGAAAUAGCGGCCAGACGGGAUAUGUUCAGCGUACAGAAACGAGCGUUGGUCGAGGAUAUUGGCAAAGUGCGAGGGGAGAUACGGGAAAGGGAACAACGUAUCGAACAACUUAUUAAAAGAUAUGAUAUAUUCAUCGCUUCUUUAGGAAAAGAUGAAUCUGGGCAGCAGUUAUCUGUUACGUUCUUUAAAAUAAAGUUUGCAGCUGAGCGAGCUGAAUUACGCGAGCGCGGGGCGGCCUUAGACGCAGACAUUGGAAGGCGCGAACGUGACAUUUCCGCUCUUGAAGCUACGCUACGCGUCGUAGGCGCGGCCCAUAAACACUUCUUGCAUCAUAUCAAUCCGCUUAAAGAUGACACUCCUGAAAUAGAAGAGUUAAAUAGUCUAUCAAAGCAAUAUUACGAGAAACGCGAAGAGCUGAAGGGGAUUUUAUCUAAAAUCGCGACGCUGGAGCAAAUGAAUGCGGAUGCUGGCUCGCGAUUGGUUAUGCUUGGAGACAAGUACAAGCAGCUCUCGGCGAAAGAGUCUGAAUGUGAGAGUGACGUAGAAGCGGCGCGUACACGUGCGCAAAGGCAAGAGAGUCGUUUGCAAAAUGCGCACGAAGUUGUUAAGGUGAACGCGCGAAGGGCCAGAAAACUUGUAGAAGGAGAAGAAGACUGGAGGAUUUUCCAGAUGUCUCUCUGGGUACGAAAUUAUGCGGAAGCGGCUUUUAGCGCUGCGCAAGCGCUGAACGAUCUGUGCGGGGCGUGUCCGAGCGCGUGCUCGCGUAUUGGCGCACUUAUUAGCACUACAGAUCUACAGAGUAAUCUUUCUCGAAAUCAGAGACGGCUGCAUACACUUUUACAAAGAAUUGUUGCUGACAGCAUUGGCCCCCGUGCUCGAGAAUCCGUGCAAGAUCCAGAUGUUACCGACAGCGUGUUUUCAAGCUCGUCAGAGUCCAUUAGGAGCGGAGUGAGCGUAGCAAGCGGAUAUACAAAGAGACUGUCGGCCUUCAGGCGAACGCUGGCACCGAAAGUCCAGGAACAUGCGCUGGUUGAGGAUAUUCCAGAACAAGCGCGGCGUUCUACUGUGGCGUUGCGCGUAGUGACGCUGGGUUUGGAAGAGUCUACUUCAGUGAUGCAUCACCCCUCCAUCAGUGCAAGAUCUAGAAAAUCCUUUAGAUAAACAUUUUAUAUUUUUAUAAACCAAGAAUCUUGUUUGGAGUUAUUUGUACCUAGUUUAUAGAUUUUUUGUUUGAAAUAAACUCUUUAAAC